AUGAAUUCACUCUAUACACUCGGCGUACGACAGACAAGUUCGUUGCAGAGCGAUUUGGAGAGGCUGAAGAAUGGCGACAAUUCUGCGUCCUUGCUAGGGCAGAUCUCCGCCUCGCUCGCCGCGAUGAACAGGACAGUCGAAGACUACGACUCCAUGGCCAAGCGGGAGAUAAUAAAAGCCAAGCAGGAAAAGGCUCAGAUGCGCGUCCAGAAGUUCAGGUCGGAUUAUUUGGAACUGCGCUCGCAGUUUGAGAGGUUGAAGGACCAAGCGUCAGCAGAGCAAGUGGCUUUACAGCGCGCGGAACUCAUACAUGCGUCAAGCAAUGCGCAGACAUCACCGUCAGACGCGCGCCGGCGCUUCCAAAACACGUAUCCCCCCUCAUCCUCUACCCUUCACCCUGGCCUACGUCCUAACGGAAGUUCAGAAGUGGUGGCUGAGUCCCCUUUCCGAGGGAGUUCUCCUGCAGGGAUGAGCAUGCGGGAGCAUCACGCGCUCAAUGAACAUACGUUCAUACAGAAUACGGAAGCUCGGUUGGAUGAUUUCCUGGCGCAAGGUCGCGAAGUCUUGGACAACUUGGUGGACCAGAGGAAUAUGUUGAAGGGGACGCAAAGAAGGCUAUUAGACGCUGCGAACACGCUCGGCUUGAGCAGGGACGUUAUUGGCUGGAUUGAACGGCGAAGUACGCAAGAUAUGUACAUCUUUCUCGCCGGUGCUGUAUUCACCUUCUUCUGCUUCUAUCUAAUAUGGAGGUAUCUUGGAUGA